UUCUUUUCUCUACCCUUUCAGUUUCAAAUUUCUCUUUCUCUCUCUACACCCCUUCCCCUUUCUCUCUCUUGAAUUUCUCUCUCUAUCUCAUCCAUCUUCUUUUUCUUAAAUCCUCAAAAUUCGCCAGAUUCCGGCGACAAUUUCUCUCUCCUCUCCCUCCUCCCAAAUCACAUCCUUCACCACCCAACCGUGUCCCAUCUGUUUGUUGUGAAUUUACCCUUUUGCCCCUUCUAGGUUUUCCCAAUUUUUUACCCUUUUUCACCUCUCCUCACUUCUUUUCAUGUAAACCCAUUCAUUGUUACUGUUGGGUUAAUUUUUUUACUGUUUGGGAAAAGUUUUUUAUUUUAUUCAUUUUGGGGUUGGGUUUGGUAGUAGUGACGUGGCAUGCAGAUAGGUAGCCAUGAAUACCAAAACGAUGCGUCUACCCCCUCGUCGCGUGCUGACACCUAGCACCACAACCAAUAAGCGCAAAGAGAGAGACGACCCGUUUGAACGACCCGCACCCGUAUCCAUACCCAUACCAGUACCCGGCCCCACUUCGAAAUUACCCAAGCCGGAUAAUAAGCCUAUCACUCCACGGCUUGGAGCCGAGCCGAUUCAGAACACAGCUGCAGGAGCCACCACCAGCAAGGUUUCGGUGUCGGAGCCGAUGAUGAUGCCGCCGUCCAAUCAGCUGUUAGCGGGGUACCUGGCCCACGAGUACCUCACGAAGGGGACCCUGCUGGGCCAGCCGUGGGUCCCGGCGAAGACAGAUGGCCCCACCAAGGCGGAAGACGGCGAGGAAGGGAGGAAGGCGGCGGCGGCGGAGGAGGAGGAGCGGGAAAGGUACGCGGAAGUGGCGGGCUUGUUGAGAGGUGGUGGGACCCACCUACCCGGUGUGGUGAACCCCACCCAGCUCGCCCGUUUCUUACACUUGUGAUCUGUAACAGACAAUUUCGGGAGAGGGACACGUGGGGCCUUCCCAUUGGAUCUCCCCUCGUUUUUGCUCCGUUCGAGACAAACUAGCGGAGGAGGGAAAUUUCCUUCCCCUCUUUUUCCUUCUCCUCUUUUUCCUUUUUACAUAUUUAAAAAAAAAUGAUGAAUAUUUUAGGACAGAAGAGAAAUUUGGGGGAAAAGAAAAUCAAAUCUUCAUUAUUUUCUGAUGAUGAUGAUGAUGAUGCAUGCAACAACUCAAAUGUCAUCCAUCCCUCAUGAUGUAAUCCAUUGACAUGCAAAUUACAUGCUUUUUAAUUUUUGCACAA